CUAUUAAGACACUCUUAGUCACGCGAUCCAGGGCGCAUGAUUUGUAGGCACAUUCUUUGUAACAGUACUAUUUUACUCUGAAACUUCAAAGAACAAAACAGUACUUCUUUCCGCCUAGGCAUGUUCUUUUGCCGAACAGGGUCUUCUGCUUCUUUCCAAACUCUUUCACCUUUCUGUUUUUCUUUUUCCCUUAAAAUCAACCAACAAAGAAAAUGAAAAAUAGAUAUCUAAUAUAAACCCUCAAUUGAAUUUUAAAGAAACGGAAAAUAACCCUAAUUUCAAAUUUGUUAAUUGUUUUAGUUUUAUCAUAAGAUAUAGCACUGUUGAGCAAAGAAAAAAGAAGAAAUAGCACAACACAUUGUGUGGUCUGAAAGUUUAUUACCAACCCAAUUCUCGUUUCCCUUAUUACUUCUUCACAUUUAUUUUAUUUUCCUUUCUUUUCCUGUAAUUGUACAGAGUAAAAUACAAUCUUUGCAGUAAUAUUAAAUUUUUUCAGCUUUACUUUCUGAUGUUCUUUAUAUAAAGAAUUUAUUGUUAUAGUUAUUAUAAUGGAUACUCCAAUGGAACAAGACAGGAACCCUCUCAAAAGGAGUUUUAAUGAGAUGAACAAUUUACAAGACUUUGUUGAUAUGGGUUUGAAUGGAACCAAUCAUCAUCAUGAUCAUGAUGCUGCUUCCCAAAAACCUGAUUCUACUAUUACUACAUCCACUACUACUGGCAAAGGAUUUAAUCCUAGAAGUUAUCAAGUGAAGGUUUUUGAGGUGGCUAUGAAGAGAAACACUAUAGCUGUGUUGGAGACAGGGGCUGGAAAGACGAUGAUAGCUGUUAUGCUAAUUAGAGAAAUUGGCCAAGCUAUCAAGUCGAAUGACUUUAAAAAAUUGAUUAUUUUCUUAGCUCCCACUGUUCAUCUUGUUAAUCAGCAAUACGAGGUUAUUAAAGAUAACACAAAUUUUAAAGUGGGAGAGUACUAUGGAGCUAAAGGGAUAGAUGGAUGGAGUAUGAAGGUCUGGGAAAAGGAGAUCAAUGAGCACGAUGUAUUGGUUAUGACACCCCAGAUCCUUUUGGAUGCCUUGCGAAAGGCAUUCUUGAAUCUAGAAAUGGUAUCCUUGAUGAUAAUUGAUGAAUGUCAUCGCACUACAGGCAAUCAUCCUUGUACAAAAAUAAUGAAGGAAUUCUACCACAAAUUGAGUAACAAGCCAAAGAUAUUUGGAAUGACCGCUUCACCUGUUGUUCAAAAAGGUGUCUCUUCUGCUGUGGACUGUGAGGAUCAAAUAUCAGAACUCGAGACCAUUUUGGAUUCCCAGAUUUACACUAUUGAAGACAGGACAGAAAUGGAUGUCCAUGUUCCCUCUGCAAGAGAAAUAUGUAAAUUUUAUGACAUAGCACAGCUUUAUAGCUCAGAUAUUAAAUCUAAGAUUGAAGCUUCAUGGUCCAAGUUUGAUGCUUCCUUGCUAAGUUUGCAAGGGUCAAUCCAAAGCAGUUACAAAGAUGCAGAUGAUAGAUAUAAGACACUGCGACAGCGGUUGUACAAUGACUAUUCGAAGAUUUUGAAUUGCCUUGAAGAACUUGGCCUCAUAUGUGCUUAUGAGGCUGUCAAAAUUUGUUUAGAGAAUUCUCCCUCCACAGCGGCAUUUGAUAUUUACAGAGAAAUUUCUUUGAAGUGUAAAUAUUUCCUUGAGGAAGUGCUGAGCAUAAUAGGCACCUAUUUGCCACAUGGUGAUAGUUAUCUUUUGGAUCUUGGAUUUGACUACUUGAAGGCAGUACGUUUGUCCUACAUAUCUCCAAAAUUAUAUGAACUGCUUCAGGUUUUCCUAUCAUUUGGAGUAGAUAAGGAGGUACUGUGCCUCAUUUUUGUUGAUAGAAUAAUUACAGCCAAAGUAAUUGAAAGAUUUGUGAAGAAAGUUGCAGCAUUAGUACAUUUCACAGUUUCAUAUGUUACUGGGUCUAAUACAUCAGUUGAUGCACUGACACCAAAAACACAAAGGGAAACCAUGUAUGCAUUUCGCUCUGGAAAGGUCAAUCUAUUAUUUUCUACUGAUGUGUUGAGGGAGGGGAUUCAUGUGCCCAACUGCUCCUGUGUAAUAUGUUUUGAUUUGCCCAAGACGGUAUGCUGUUAUGCCCAAUCUCGAGGACGAGCUCGGCAGAAUGAUUCUCAAUAUAUAAUCAUGCUUCAGAGGGGAAAUGUGAAACAGAGGGAUCAACUAUUUGAUUUUAUUAGGAGUGAAUGGUUAGUGACAAAUACGGCUAUAAAUAGAGAUCCUGAUGUUUGGACUCUGAAAACAUGUGUCCCCGAGGAAACCGAAGCAUAUAUUGUGGAUGUGACUGGAGCUUCUGUUACUGCAGAUUCAAGUGUUACCCUUAUACAGCGAUACUGUAGUAAGCUUCCCAGUGACAGGUACUUUACACCAAGGCCAACUUUCGAGUUUGAAUGUUUUGAGCAGUCAUUUCAAUGUAAAAUGAUGUUACCUGCUAGUGCUGCUUUUCAAACAAUAGUUGGCCCAGUAUGUAGGAGUCAACAACUGGCAAAGCAGCUUGCAUGCUUGGAAGCUUGUAAGCAGCUGCAUCAAAUGGGUGCCCUGGAUGAUCAUCUCCUACCGUCAGUCGAGGAACCUACAGAAGAUGAUCAUACUGUGAGGAGAAAAGGAUCACUAGCAGGUGCAGGAACUACAAAAAGGAAGGAAUUGCAUGGAACAACUCCCAUUCAUGCAUUAUCUGGAAGCUGGGGAGAGAAUCUUAAUGGGGCUACCUUUCAUGCAUAUAAAUUUGAGUUUUCAUGUAGCAUUGUCAGUGAGAAAUAUUCUGGAUAUAUUCUUCUCAUUGAAUCAAAGCUUGAUGAUGAUGUUGGAAAUAUUGAGUUGGACCUUUUCUUGGUCAGGAAGACAGUUAGGGCUUCUGUUUCUUCCUGUGGACAAGUGCAUUUAGAUGCUGAACAGAUGAUGAAGGCCAAGUGCUUUCAUGAAUUGUUUUUCAAUGCCUUAUUCGGGAAGUUAUUUAGUGGAUCCAAAUCAUCUAGAUCACCAAGAGAGUUUUUGCUCCAGAAAGAAACAAGUUUACUUUGGAUCCUGUCAAACAUGUAUUUGCUGCUACCACUCGAGGCAUUCAGUGCUUCAAGUGAUGAAUCUUGGAAAAUAAAUUGGAGAGGAGUUAAUGGUUGCAGUAAUGUGGUAGAAUUCUUGAAGAAGAACUGUUUCUUGGGUGCUGAGCAUUAUAAUGGUGAGAGGGUGCGCUCAUCUGUUACUGAGUGCAGUGGUGGAAAUGCAGUCCACUUUGCUAAUAUUUCAGUUGAUGUAGAAAGAGUGAAAGAUAUGGUGGUAUUAGCAAUUCACACAGGCAAAAUAUAUUCUGUUGUUGAAGUAGUGGGUGAUGCAUCUGCUGAGAGUCCUUUUGAGCAAAAUGUUGGCGGUGCACCAUCGAAGUUCUCUACAUUUUCUGAGUACUUCAAUAAAAAGUACGGGAUAGUGCUGUUGCGUCCAAGGCAGCCUUUAUUGCUGUUAAAGCAAAGUCAUAAGCCACACAACCUGCUGAAUCCUCCUGAUGAAGAUACUUUAAAAGAUGGCCUGGUCGUAGCAAAACAGAGGCAGUUUGCUCGUAUGCCACCUGAGCUUUUAGUCAGUAUUGAUGUUCCAAUACAGACUUUGAAAUCAUCGUACUUACUACCAUCUCUGAUGUACCGUUUGGAGUCCCUGAUGUUAGCCAGCCAACUUAGACAAGAGAUUGCCUGUCAAGUUUCCAACUUCCAUAUUCCAAGUUUAUUGAUACUGGAAGCCAUAACAACACCUAGAUCUUGUGAAAAAGUUUCCAUGGAACGAUUGGAGUUGCUUGGGGAUUCAGUUUUAAAGUAUUCUGUGAGCUGUGACCUUUUUCUAAGAUAUCCCACAAAACAUGAAGGUCAAUUAUCUGCUCAGCGCACAAGGGCUGUUUGUAAUUCAACCCUACAUCAAUUGGGAAUAGGUUGCAAAUUACAGGGAUAUAUACGAGAUAGUGCAUUCAUACCUCGUUAUUGGGUUGCUCCAGGACAGCAACCUGCAUUUUAUGUUUCUUGUACUUGUGGUGUUGACACUUUAGAAGUGCCUUUGGAUGCUAAAUUUCAAACUGAAGAUCCCAAAGUUCAGAUUGCUAUAUGCUGUUCGAAAGGCCACCGAUGGAUGUGCUCCAAGACUAUAUCUGAUUGUGUUGAAGCCGUUAUAGGAGCGUACUAUGUCAGUGGAGGACUCAUGGCUGCACUGCAUGUGAUGCAGUGGCUUGGUAUGGAUGUUGAAUUUGAUCCUUCCUUGGUAGAUAAGAUCAUUAAGACUGCUUCUGUACGAUCUUAUACUCCGAAAGAAGAUGAAAUUAAGGGCAUAGAAUCAAAGCUUGGUUAUACAUUUUCUGUCAAGUUUCUCUUACAAGAGGCCAUGACACAUGCCUCCAUGCAAGAACAGGGAAUUGGUUAUUGUUACCAGAGGCUUGAAUUUCUUGGUGAUUCUGUUUUGGACUUGCUUAUUACCUGGCAUCUCUAUCAAAAUCACACAAGCAUGGAUCCUGGUGAAUUGACAGAUUUGCGCUCAGCUUGUGUCAGUAAUGAAAACUUUGCUCAAGUCGUGGUGAGAAGAGACCUAUACAAGCAUCUUCAACAUUGUUCCACAUUGCUUCUAAGCCAAAUUAAAGAAUAUCUGGAGUCUUUUCAUGAAUCUGAUGAAGUCGCCAAGGCUACAGGUCCAAAGGGCCCUAAGGCCCUUGGAGACCUGCUUGAAAGUAUUGCAGGGGCAAUGUUAAUUGAUGCAAAGCUUAACCUAGAUGAAGUGUGGAGAAUAUUUAUGCCACUACUGUCACCACUUGCAACUCCGCAAAAUCUUGAGCUGCCUCCACUGCGUGAACUGAUGCAAUUAUGCAACUCUCUUGGGUAUUUCAUAAAAGAAAAGUGUAUAAAUAAUAAUGACAUUGUGCAUGCAGAGCUUAGGCUACAGCUCAAUGAUGUUCUUUUGGUUGGAAACGGAUGCGAUCGAAGCAGAAAAGCUGCAAAAGGGAAAGCAGCUACUCAUUUGUUGAAGAAACUUGAGAAUAGAGGAAUAACGUACUCCUGGGGUCACUCAAAGAGGAGGAAGCAAGAUUCUAAUCAUGUUGUUGACUCUUCUCCCCUAGACAUAACAAAUGAUAAGGCAAAAGACCAUAAAAAGCCGAAGAAGCUAGAAAAUCAAUCACCAGCAGGUUCAGGAGGAGAUCCUUCUUUUGCUGGCAGUUCCGGUGAAAACCCUCCAGUUAUAGAGGCUAUUAACAUGAAGAAAGGAGGGCCUAGAACUGAUCUUUUUGAACUCUGCAAGAAAGUGCAGUGGACAACGCCGACUUAUAGUUCAACAGAAAAUAAGUCAAGCACUCCAAUUUUAUUUGAUGAAGGCAUUGAGAGAUACAACAGCUUUGUAUCAACGAUCACCUUGAACAUACCCUUUUAUGGCACUAUUGAAUGCACAGGAGACCCUAGACCUGAUAAGAAGAGUUCCUGUGAUACUGCAGCAUUGGCUAUGCUCUAUGAGCUUCAAAAACAGGGGCUACUCAUCAUUGGCGACCCCAAUUAAGAUUACUACUGGUCCAAAUAGUUGUUAUCUGACUGGUUAAAAUUAGAGCAAUUAGGAAACUGACCCACUCCCCUCCCUGCAGCAACGGCUUAUCAGGUGUUAAGGCGUAUGUAAAGGGGCAAAUUGUCGUCCGGCCUCCAAAAUCCUCACAGCUCCAUAACGGUGGGCAGCUAGUGAUUGCAGACUCUGGCCAUAACGGUGGUCAUCAAUUCUAACUCUCGGGAGCUGAGCGUGUCUGUGUAACAUAAAAUUUUAUCUUGAGGAACUGUACAUAUUGACACCGACAUUUUCCUGGAAGGUAUUGAAGUAGUAAUCUUCCAGGAAAUAACAGCUUGUAACAUUACAGAAUGUAUAAGCAAUUUGAUGCUGCUCUUACGGCUA